AUGGAGAAGAGGUUGGAAGACAAGUUCAGCAUCAGCGCUCAAUUUCUGUCACGAUACUGCCUGGGAAAACCUGCGAGGGAGCUGGGAAGUCUACAGCUGCUCUACCUGUGCACUUGCCUGUGUGCCUUGUGCUCCUCAGCAGGUGCAAACUGGAACAGCUCUGAAUGCGAGCCGGGGAAGAUCCUGUUUGGUGGCCGUCUGAGGUCGUGGGAAGAUCUCCAGCUCCUGGAGGGAUUUCACACGGUUUGGUCCUGUCAGGCCGCUUGCUGCCAGAGCCCCACCUGUGAUGCCGUUUGGUUCUUGGGAAAUAUGUGCAUCCAGGUGAACUGCACCACCCCUGGCGCAUGUCAAGCAGACAGGACUGGGUUUUCUGACUCCGUUUUGGUUUUUUUAAAGAAAUUAGAAAGCACAGAGCACUUCUCAAAGUUUCGAAUGGAAGUUGGCCUGAAGACCUCCUUUCAUGAGUGGUUGGACUGGGGCAUCCCUGUCCAGAGGAAAAAAAGACUGCGGAGGUCAUUCCAGAGGCGGAACUUGGCAGGUAACGGGGUGGAUCUCCUGCAAAGGGUCACAGCAGCGAGCCCCAGCGGCGAGGCUGCAGCCAGAGCGUUGGACAGCAAAGCUAGAAGUGGCCAGAGUGAAGCAGAACGCUUGAAGGAUCAAGUACUGAGGCACUUGGUGGCAGACAGGCCUGUUCCUGAGAGCCGUCCGGAUCAACAGAAAGACUCGCUGAAAAAUGAAGAGAAUCGGAGAGAGCAGAAAACCAAAAGCCUCUUCCCUACUAAAAGCAAUAACGGGAGCAGAUCGAGCGACACGAAUGGUGUCGCCUUAGCACAGACCCACGCAGGAACAGCUGCACCAGAGCCAUCGGCGCUGACGACGUUCUCCAGUCCUGCAGCACAGGGCUGCCCAGCCACGGGGAAGACGGAGAAGCCCGGGCAGGCAGGUGAUGCUUUGGUCCACCCUCACUCCUCAGACGCAGUGCCCACAGCGAGCCCCGCGCCGGCAAAAAGCACAGCAAAGGCACAGGCAGCGACUUCUGUGCCAAGCGGCAUCCCCACCAACGGCACCGCUCCCACGGCCCCGGCCAGCACCGCGGCGUCACCGACUGCUGCCGCCACCACGCCAGUUAUGAAGGAGCUGGUGGUUUCCGCUGGAGACAGCGUCGAAGUGACCCUGCCAAAGAAUGAAGUUCAGCUGAAUGCGUUUGUGCUUCCUGAGCCACCACCUGGAACCACUUAUUCCUAUGAGUGGGAAUUGAUCACUCAUCCGAAAGACUACAGUGGAGAAAUGGAAGGGAAGCACUCCCAGACCCUCAAGUUAUCUAAGCUUACUGUUGGUCUGUACGAAUUCAAAGUCGUCGUCGAUGGGGAAAACGCACAUGGAGAGGGUUACGUGAACGUAACAGUGAAUCCAAAGCCUCGGGUGAAUCAGCCUCCUGUUGCCAUCGUGUCCCCACAGUUCCAGGAGAUUUCACUGCCAACCAUUUCCACUGUUAUCGACGGCAGCCAAAGCACCGAUGAUGACAGAAUUGUGAGCUAUCACUGGGAAGAGCUGAAGGGCCCUUUGCGGGAGGAGAAGGUUUCCAGCGACACUGCCAUACUGACACUGACCAACCUGGUACCUGGGAACUACACCUUCAGCCUGACUGUGGUGGACUCAGAUGGUGCCAGCAACUCCACCACUGCAAACCUGACCGUGAACAAAGCUGUGGAUUAUCCUCCAGUGGCAAAUGCGGGCCCAAACCAAGUGAUCACCCUCCCUCAGAACUCCAUCACCCUCUAUGGCAAUCAGAGCACCGAUGACCACAGCAUCGUCAGCUACGAGUGGCUGCUCAGCCCUAACAGCAAAGGGAAGGUGAUGGAGAUGCAGGGGGUGAGGACACCAGUUUUGCAGCUCUCCGCAAUGCAAGAAGGUGAUUACACUUACCAGCUAAUAGUGACGGAUUCUGCUGGGCACCAGUCCACUGCGGAGGUCACGGUGAUAGUCCAGCCAGAGAACAAUAAGCCUCCAAAAGCAGAUGCUGGUCCAGAUAAAGAAUUAACUCUUCCUGUGGACAGCACCACUCUAGAUGGCAGCAAGAGCUCAGAUGACCAGAAGAUAGUCUCCUUUCUUUGGGAGAAAACACGGGGCCCGGAUGGUGUCAAACUGGAGAAUGCCAACAGCAGUGUUGCCACUGUCACAGGCCUUCAAGUUGGGACGUACGAGUUUACUCUGACAGUCAAAGACGAGAGGAACUUGCAGAGCCAGAGUUCAGUCAAUGUCAUUGUCAAAGAAGAGAUAAACAAGCCGCCGGUUGCAAAGAUUGCUGGUAAUGUGGUCAUCACCUUGCCCACAAAUACAGCCGAGCUGGAUGGAUCGAAGUCCUCUGACGAUAAGGGAAUUGUCAGCUACUUGUGGACCCGGGAUGAGGGCAGCCCUGCAGCUGGGGAAGUCUUAAAUAAUUCAGACCACCAUCCUGUCCUCCUCCUGUCCAACCUGGUAGAAGGGACCUACACAUUCCACCUCAGAGUAACAGAUGCCAAAGGAGAGAGCGAUGUGGAAAGGACCACGGUGGAAGUCAAACCCGAUCCUAGGAAAAAUAACCUUGUGGAGAUAAUCCUGGAUGUUAAUGUCAGCCAGCUGACUGAGAGGCAGAAGGGAAUGUUCAUCCGACAAAUCGGCGUUCUGCUGGGAGUGCUCGACUCGGACAUCACCGUGCAGAAGAUCCAGCCGUACACUGAGCAAAGCACGAAGAUGGUGUUUUUUGUGCAGAACCAGCCUCCCCAUCAGAUCUUCAAAGGACGAGACGUAGCCUGGACACUAAAAAAUGAGUUACGGAAACAACAGUCAGACUUCCUCAUCUUCAGGGCAUUAGAGAUUAACACAGUCACCUGUCAGCUGAACUGCUCCGAGCAUGGGCGCUGCGACUCCUUCACCAAGCGUUGCGUCUGUGACCCCUUCUGGAUGGAGAACUUCCUCAGGGUGCAGAUGGGGGAUGGCGAAAGCAACUGCGAGUGGAGCGUGCUGUAUGUGAUCAUUGCAUCUUUCGUCAUUGUGGUGGCCGUCGGAAUCUUGUCCUGGAUGGUGAUCUGCUGCUGCAAGAGACGAAAAGGAAAAUCCAAAAGAAAAAGCAAAUACAAGAUUUUGGAUGCAACAGAUCAAGAAAGCUUGGAGCUAAAACCAAAUCCCAAAACAGGUGGCAGGCAGAAAGCCCAGGUCCUCAACACCAGCCUGAUGCACUCGGAGUCUGAACUGGACAGUGACGAGGCCAUCUUCACGUGGCCCGACCGUGAGAAAGGGAAGCUGCUCCGCAGCCAGAACGGCUCCUUGCGCAACGGACAAGUGACUCCCAAACCCAAGAACCAGCGCGAGGAAAUCCUAUAGCUGCCCUCGG